AUGAACUAUGAGGACAAUCAAGGGGAAUGCGCGUGCCGCGCGUGCAGACUGACCGACUGUUCGAACCCCGCAUCGAAGCUCGUUCACCACCCAGGUUCAGAGGGCGGGCAUUUAUGUUUGUGCCAAAAACACGUGGUGUGUGUCCUUUUUUUCAGUGACAAGGUCAGUGACGGCUGCAUUCCGUCAACAAAUCCAAACAAAUCUCCAGAGAACAAGACCAACGAUUGCAUCGUUCCUUCGCCUCCUUCAAAAUCCCUGUUUACCAUUGUUUAUCAGUCGACGGAGGCUGCCUUUGGAUUGAAUAAAGCACCGAAUUGA